ACACAUUCACUCAGGUAUCUAAAAAUCAGGAGUCUCAUUCAUUUUUCACUUUAUCUCACUGAAAAAGAUUUUAUUUGUGAACUAAAUUAGGGUUUUCGUGAAACAUGGCGGAGCAAGCGGAGCAUAAGGAGAAUCCGGCUGAGUCGAUAAUGGAGAAGAUAAGCGAGAAGAUACACGGUGACGAUCACGAUUCGUCAUCGUCUUCGGAUUCGGAUUCGGAUUCCAAAACUCAGAAACCGGCCUCCCCAUCGUCAGUGAAGGCUAAGGUCUACCGUUUGUUUGGCAGGGAGCGACCGGUUCACCAUGUUCUCGGUGGUGGAAAGCCUGCUGAUGUGGUCUUAUGGAGAAACAAGAAGAUUUCUGCUGGUGUACUUGGUGUAGCCAGUGCAGUCUGGGUUCUGUUUGAGUUGAUUGAAUACCACCUGCUUACUCUGGUCUGCCACAUUUCAAUACUUGCACUUGCAGUCUUGUUCUUGUGGUCCAAUGCUCAGAGCUUCAUCAAUAAGGCUCCUCCUCGCAUCCCUGAAGUUCAUCUUCCUGAGGAGCCAUUUCUACAGGUUGCUUCAGCAUUGACGAUUGAGAUUAAUCGGGCUUUGGCAGUAUUGCAUAGUAUUGCCUCUGGAAGAGACUUAAAGAAGUUUUUCAUUGUUAUAGCUGCCUUGUGGGUCUUGUCCAUUGUGGGGAGUUGGUGCAACUUCUUGACCUUGUUUUAUAUAUCUUUUGUUUUGCUGCACACGGUGCCUGUUCUUUAUGAGAAGUAUGAGGACAAGGUUGACCCCUUAGCUGAGAAGGCUACGAUUGAGAUCAAAAAACAGUAUGGUGUUUUUGAUGCAAAGGUUCUGAGUAAGAUUCCCAAAGGUCCAUUGAAAGCCAAGCGAGUUUAGGUAGUCAUGGCUGGUAUUUGGGGAUCCGGAUGGCUGUGGGUAUUACUGGUUGGUGAUUCUGUUAUCUAACCAUAUAUUGGUUGUAAUUGGCUUCCCCACAAUUUGUUUCAAGUGUUUGGUUUGCAAUUUGAACUGGUUUAGGCAUUUUGUGGGGUUAGUUUUGAGUUGUGAUUUUAUUUGUCUGCUCUAUGGUAGCUUACAGAUAACACUUUUAACUAUAGGUGAUUCUGUGACAACGAUGGUUAUAUUUUGAUAUUAGCAGUUUCUUGUACAUGGUUUUGUAUCACCAGGAUAACUGUGAUGCAUGUUAUUUUAUGAACAUGUUAGGCUUUUAAAUGUUAGUAUGAAA